GCUCCUCCUCCCCUUACACAGAAACCAGGAAGAAGUGAAAAGAAGCCAGCUGUCGUUCAUGCGCUUCCCAAAGAAAAACCAAGUAAGACGCAUUUAGGCCGCAUGUAACUUAUGGUAUGUAUAUACAUAUAGUUGACAGAGGAUCCGCGGAUGCUUAUUGAUACUAAGUUGAGCUAAAACCAGAGAAACUGCAGCGCUGGCUGAACAAAUACGAGUGAGUGUGUGCAAACGAAAGUAAACUGGCUCACUGACACCGAGUGCGCACAGGGAAACAACGGACCACAGAGCCGACGGAAUGGCUUCCAAUGUGUCACAGUCUGAGGAGGUUUGCACCUGCCCCGUGUGCUGUGACAUAUUCAAAGACCCCGUCGUCCUGCUGUGUGGCCACAGCUUCUGCAGGCUCUGUCUGCAGGCGUGGUGGCGACAGAGCGGCCAGCAGACGUGCCCCGUGUGCAAGGAGCUCUUCCCCAUGCGCCAUCAGCCGCCGGCGCGUAAUUUGGCACUGAGGGACCUGUCCGACACCUUGAGGCAGGACCGGAGCCAGAGGGCCACGUCGGGGGCCACGUCGGGGGCCACGCAGCUGUGCGGCGUGCACAGCGAGAAGCUCAAGCUCUUCUGCGAGGACGACCAGCAGCUCGUCUGUGUGAUCUGUAGGGAUGCGCAGAAGCACAAGAAGCACAACUGCGUGCCCAUCGACGAAGCUGCAGAAGAGCACAGGACCAAACUCAGGGUGGAGCUGAUGCAUUUGAAGAGCAAGCUGGGAUCCUUCCAAACACAAAAACUCAACGGCAAUAAGAUGGCCAGCCACCUCAAGGUACGCUAAUACAUAAGAGCUCAUGGAGGCAGUCAGCAACCUACUAGUGUCAUCAUCUUUUUUCAUUUUCUUCCCCCCAAUCGUCAAUGCGUCAAUCUGAACGCAGAGAUCUCUACGCUCGCAGACAAGAUCAAAACCCUCCAUCGGGAGCUUAAAUCUGAGGACUUCACAUUCAUGCUGAAUUUCAAAUCCACUUCGGAGCGAUCCCAGUGCAACCUGUCAGAGCCACUGACUCCAUCGCAGGCCCUGAUCGAUGAGGGCAAACAUGUAGGAAACCUGCUGUUCACAGUUUGGAAGAAGAUGAAGCAUAAAAUCAAAUUCACCCCUGUAAUUCUGGACCCAAAUUCCAGUGGCACACAACUGAUUCUAUCCGAGAAUUUGACUCGUGUGUCAGAGAGUGAGAAGGCUCAGCAGCUUCCUAAGAACCCAGAGAGAAAAGGGGGCUUCGUUGUUCUUGGCCAUGGCGGCUUUAGCUCUGGGAAACACAGCUGGGAUGUGGAGGUGGCUGGUGUGUGGGCCACUGGUGUGGCUGCGACAACCAAGCAUGUAUCCCCAGCACUGAUCUGGGGCAUAUACCUGUAUGGUAUUGGAGGAGAGCUGUGCGAACUUCUUACUGAUAAAGCCAUACGUUCCACAAGAGAUUUAUUACUCACAAAAAUCAGAGUGCAGCUAGAUUAUGACCAAGGCACACUGACUUUUUUCGACCUUGAUAGGAAAAGACUCAUACACGUCAUCAAACACACUUUCACAGAGCCAGUUUUUCCAUAUUUCCAUGGGACUGUGAAAAUCGUUCCAGCUGAAGUGUCAGUGGGGAUAAGACAACCCAAAUAAACACUCUGCAUCACUGCAGAACAUGAUGCAACCCUUUCUCCAAGAAAUUGUAUGUACAGUUAUAAAACACCUGCUUUUUUCAUUCAAUUUUCCAAUAAGCCAAUAAAGUGGCAGCAGCGAAGUGCAUACAGUACAAUCCUGCAGGCAGAAGCUUUUAGCCUUACGUUAACAGCAAAUGUCAGAAUGGGGCAUACAUGUGAUCUCUCAUCCAUUUUCUACCAACAGAGAACUGGUUCCAUGUAUGUAAUAAAUAAACAACAUGCCGCUCUGA